AUGAUGAGGCGUCGGCGAUUCGGCCUGAUUCUAUGGCCUCUAGUAGGCACAAUAUUAUUGUUCUUCGUUGUCGAGCAAACACAAUCCGUGAGUCUUGUUUUAACAUUGAUCGCUUUUUUUGACUUUCCCAAUAGACUGUUUUUGCAUCAAAUGGUGGUCCGGCCAUUCGAUGUCAUUCUUCGCCGUUUCCGACCUUACAAAAAUAUCGGCUCUUUUAUGCAAAUGAUUUGGCCCGUUUUCGAACACAGAAUUUGCGCCCUUUUUGUAAACACAGUUGCUUUUGCACUUUCGGUACUGAAAUCGUUCAAAAAAUAUUCCAGCAAAGCGCUUCUCUUUUAUCAAGUCCUUAUGUAAUAAAAUUCGUCAAAACGGAUUUUGAAGUUUCAAUGUUACUUCAAAUGACCUCUGUAGACCAUGAACUUUACAAAAAGUUCAUGGAAAAAAGGCCCGAGAACAAACAUUCGGGUGUUUUACCCCGGCCCAAGUAACCGUCGCCACCUGUUGGUGUUAAGAGAAAGGCUGACUCAUCCUUGCAUUUUUUCAUGUGCCAAGAAACCGACUUGAACACCGCUAAACAAAAUUAAUGACCUCUCUCUUGGCCGAGUAUUUCUUGCCUGCACCAACCGUCCCGGGUGAUCUUCUUCAGUUAUUUAUAAAAUUCGGGGAAAGGGUUUUGACAAAAAGUACGGGGUGUUUUUAAGAUGUUGAAAGGAUGGAAAGUACUGUAAUCAGUAAAAAAUUAAGUAGCUCACUGAUUAAAAAAUAAUAUUGGGCUAAUAGCAAGGAAAAAGCGAAACAAAAUAAAAUUUGCGUAAAAAAUUGUUUAGUCUUGAUUGUUAUCUUAUUGCAGCAAGCUACAUGCCGAGACUGUACACAACGAGGUUGCUUCUGCGUGGGAGAAAAGGGAUCAAUGGUAAGUUCUAAUCAUAUUUUCCUCAAAACAACUCUAUUAAAAACUCUUUUCACACUACAUUAUCUUCUAAUAAUUCUCUUCCAUUUUUUCGUCGAGCGGUUUUUUAUCCUUAAGAUCCAUAGACUAUAAGGCAUAACUUAUAAACCAUGUCCAUAAAGACGUAUGCCUUGUCUAUGCUCAAAGCCUCCUCUUUUUUCUAUGCUAAACGCCACAUGUUGUCGAUCCGGGAUUUCGGAAAAUUUGAAAGGGAAAUGAAAGAAGAUGAUUAGCGAUGGCGACCUUGUCAGACGAGAGAAACUGUUAGAAUGACCAACGGUCAUUUCUCUAACUUGUAAAUUAUUUAUCAUUAAUGGAUAACUGAAGCCUAAGUUUUGGAAAAUGGAUACACACUUUUUGCAAAAACACUAAAUCAACGUUUAGGGUACCCCCGGACCCCAAGGACCACCUGGAGCACCCGGAACUCGCGGUUUUCCCGGACCCGAAGGUCUGCAAGGACCCAAAGGACAGAAGGGCGCCCAAGGCCCACCUGGUCCUCAAGGUAUCAAAGGAGAUCGCGGACCGGUCGGCGUGCCCGGAUUCCCUGGAAAUGACGGAGCAUCUGGACGACCCGGAGAGCCCGGACCACCCGGCCAGCCCGGCUGGGACGGUUGCAAUGGUACCGAUGGUCUGGCUGGUCUGCCCGGUCCAGCCGGAGCCCCUGGCCUUCCUGGAUUUCCUGGCUCACCAGGUCUUCCCGGAGCGAAAGGAGAACCUGCAAUUGGCUAUGCUGGUGCACCAGGAGAAAAGGUAACUUUAGAUUUCAGUUGUGAAAAAAGAUCAAUUUGCGAAGGAAGACUUACGGUUUAUUUUAGGGAGACGGUGGAAUGCCCGGAAUGCCCGGUCUUCCCGGUCCUCCAGGACGUGAUGGCUACCCCGGCGAGAAAGGAGACAGAGGAGAUUCUGGACCAGCUGGCCCACGAGGACCUCCUGGAGAACAAGGUCUUCCUGGAAACCCUGGAAUUGGAAGCAUUGGACCUAAGGGAGACCCGGUGAGUUCUCUACAAUUUUUAUAUAUGUUGAACCACCCACAAUUGACUGGUUAUUUGGCUGGAUUUCACCGCACUAUCUGCGCGCACUCACUUUUUAUUUCCUGGCAUAUCAUGAGCAAAGUAUCUAUUACUAUCACAGUCUCUGUUCACAUCCACAAGAAUUCUAUUUUUCAUUAUUCGCCUCCGUUGGCUCCACUUUUAUCCACAGAAGGUUUUGUUAGCCACAUUCACGAAAUUCAAAAUUCCAAUAAUCCCAUAUUGGGCUCAAUUUAUAGGGCGACCUAGGAUUGCCUGGUCCACCUGGUCCACCAGGACCGCGCGAGUUUACUGGAUCCGGCUCAAUUGUGGGGCCACCCGGAAGGGAAGGAGAAAAAGGUUCCAAGGUAAUUAAUUUUUACGUUCUUCGUUUUCAGGGAGAUUACGGUCCGCAAGGACCUCCUGGCCCACCAGGCCCAGUUCCUUCGACCGGUGCCAAGGGCGUUAUUGUCGGUCCCGAAGGCGCACCUGGAGAGAAAGGAGAGAAGGUUGGAUUUGCAUUCUAUGUCGUCUAAACCGACUUACUGUUUUUCGUAUCUACAAUACUAAAUUUCAAGUCAGAUCCCAACUGUAUAAAAUUUUAGGGAGAGCCUGGAAAUGCUGGAGAUCGUGGUUACCCCGGAAUGGGCGGUCUUCCCGGCCAACCUGGAUUUCCCGGAAUUAAAGGAGAGAAAGGUCUGCCAGGUCCCGCUGGACCUCGAGUAAGUUCGUAACUGUCAAGACAAUAACAAUGUUUUAGGGUAAAGAAGGCCGCGGCGGACUGCCUGGCCCACCAGGGUUCAAAGGUGAUCGUGGAGUUGAUGGAAUUCCGGGAUUACCCGGAGCCAUUGGUCCUAAGGGAGAUCAAGGCUUUCCCGGACGCGACGGACCAAAAGGAGGCCAAGGUCCACCUGGACCACCUGGUGGUGGCGAGUUUUCCGAUGGACCGCCAGGACCACCUGGAUUACCCGGUAAGUAUCGAAUAAAGCGUAUUUUUAUAAGCUUCAUAUAUAUAUAUAUGUAUGAUAAAAACAUAUUAAGGGCGCCCUGGAAACCCCGGACCCCCUGGAAAUGACGGAUACCCUGGACAACCUGGCCCACCAGGACCCUCUGGCCUGCCUGGCGGCCCUGGCCUCCCCGGAUUACCUGGUCUCGAAGGCCUGCCCGGCCCGAAAGGAGAUAAGGGAGACUCUGGAAUUCCCGGUGCCCCAGGAGUUCCCGGACCUCCUGGAAUCGCAGGCCCCGUCGGACCAAAAGGUGAACCAGGUCUUCGUGGAACCCCUGGACAAAGUAUUCCUGGCCUACCGGGAAAAGAUGGCCGACCAGGUCUCGAUGGGCUUCCCGGCCGCAAGGGAGAAAUGGGUCUCUCUGGAUUAAGAGGGCCCCCUGGAGAUUCAUUGAAUGGACUUCCCGGACCCCCAGGACCCCGCGGAUUGCCCGGACCAAAAGGAUACGAUGGACGCGAUGGAGCACCCGGACUGCCUGGUCUUCCCGGCCAUAAAGGAGAUCGUGGAGGUACCUGCUCGCAAUGUGCUCCUGGCGCGAAGGGAGAAAAAGGAAACGCUGGAUACCCCGGAGUUCCUGGCCCGCAAGGAGAACGUGGAUUGCCCGGAAUUCCCGGCGCUCACGGCGACUCUGGUGACGAUGGAGUGCCUGGACCCCCUGGACAAACUGGACCACCGGGACCACCCGGAAAAGACGGACUUCCUGGAUUACCCGGGCAAAAAGGAGAACCAACUCAACUCACACUUCGUCCUGGUCCCCCUGGCUACCCCGGAAUGAAGGGCGAACCCGGCUUCCCCGGUCAGCCUGGACUUCCUGGCCCGGAAGGAAAAGAUGGUGUUCCUGGAGCGCCUGGACUACCUGGACCCGCCGGAAUUAAGGUUAGUCACGUAUAAUAAUUAAAAUCCUUAUCCAAUUUAGGGAGAACCUGGAUUACCUGGUAUCCCUGGCAAACCAGGAUCCGACGGUCUACCUGGAAUGCCCGGAUUGAAGGGAGAUGCUGGCUACGGACAACCCGGAUUGCCUGGACUUCCAGGACCAAAAGGAGAUUCUGGAUACCCCGGACCGCCUGGUAUCUCUGGCCCUCCUGGACCAAUGGGACCACCUCCACCACAGGAAUUGCUUCAACCUGGAGAGCCAGGUCACCCUGGACUUCCCGGAAUCCCCGGAGCUAAGGGAGAGCCUGGCUUCCCUGGACAACCUGGAGAGUCUGGCUUACCUGGAGCACCAGGAUUCCCCGGUGCCAAAGGAGAACCCGGCCUUCCUGGACUACCUGGAGCUGAUGGAUUGCCUGGAAUACCUGGGGAGAAAGGAUUUGCUGGUCAACCUGGUCUACCUGGCCUCCCCGGCCCGAAAGGAGAAGGUGGACUACCCGGAUUACCCGGAGCCCCUGGAGAAAAAGGAGAGCCUGGGCAGACAAUCCCCGGAACACCCGGAGCACCUGGAUUCCCCGGUCUCAAGGGCGAAGCUGGACUUCCAGGCCUCCCUGGCCAUCCUGGAGCAGAAGGAAUUCGUGGAACGCCCGGAAUCCCUGGAGAAAAAGGACUGCCUGGACUAAACGGACCUCCUGGAGCUCCCGGAUUCCCUGGACUCAAAGGUGAACCCGGUUUCCCUGGAAUCCCUGGAAAGGAAGGUCUUCAAGGACCAGUCGGACCGCCUGGAAUCUCUGGAAUCCCUGGAGAAAAGGGAGAAUCCGGCUUGCCUGGUCUUCCUGGAGUUGAGGGCCAAAAAGGAGACUCUGGAUUCCCUGGAGCGCCCGGUCAAGACGGUCUUCCCGGUCUCCCCGGCCCAAUUGGACCAAAAGGAAACAGCGGUUACCCAGGAACCCCAGGACCGAAAGGUCAGUCAUAAAAAACUUUUUUUGAGGAAUGCAUUAUAGGUGAUGCUGGUUUCCCCGGAGCACCUGGACUUCCUGGAGAACGUGGAAACGACGGCCUGCCUGGCUUGCCUGGUAUUCCUGGCGAAAAGGGAGCACCUGGAUUCCCUGGUCAGCCUGGUCAGGAAGGUCAACCUGGCGCCUCUGGACCUCAAGGAGAACCUGGACUACCUGGGCUUCCUGGACAAAAAGGAGAGCAUGGUCUGCCAGGGCGCGAGGGUCUUAAAGGGAACCCCGGACUCCCAGGACCGCCUGGUCUCAAUGGACCUCCCGGACAACCUGGUCUGCCCGGAUUCCCUGGAACCAAAGGAGAAGCUGGUCAACCCGGAUAUGGCCUACCCGGUCUUCCAGGAGAAAAAGGUUUGUCUGGCAUCCCUGGCAAACCUGGUCGGGAAGGACUGCCCGGCCCAGUCGGACCUGAAGGACCACCUGGAUUCCCCGGACAGAAAGGAGAAUCCGUAAGCAAUUUUAUGAAAAGAUAUAUUCUAUGGAAUUAUAACAUAACAGUUAUGAAAAUUUCUGCAGGGUCUCCCUGGUAUCACCGGUCAGCCUGGAGAACCUGGACUUCCUGGUCUUCCAGGACCAAAAGGACAGUCUGGCCUUCCCGGAUCCCCCGGACUUCCUGGCCCACCAGGAAAAGACGGCCUCCCUGGACUACCCGGUGUAUCUGGAGAAAAAGGUCAAUCUGGCUUACCUGGACUACCUGGAGAACGUGGACUUGACGGAAUCCCUGGCGAAAAGGGAGACUCAGGCUUCCCCGGCACGUCUGGAUUGCCUGGUCUGCCUGGAGAAGUUGGCCAGCCUGGUGUUCCUGGCUUCCCUGGAAUCAAGGGGGAUGCUGGAGUCCCAGGAUUACCAGGACAACCUGGAUUCCCAGGGGAGAAAGGAGAUUCCGGCUUCCCUGGAGCCCCUGGUCAAGAUGGUCUCCCCGGUCUUCCUGGACCUAAGGGAGACUCUGGUCUACCUGGACCCGUUGGACCGCCUGGUAUGUUCUCAUUGCCAAAAAAAGUAUAUGCGUUCUUUAGGAAUUGGAUACCCUGGAGCAAAGGGAGAACCCGGUCUUCCUGGAAUCCCUGGAAAGGAAGGUUUGCCUGGAAUACCCGGCGCAAAGGGCGAACAGGGACCUGCUGGAUAUCCUGGUCAGCCAGGCCUGAAAGGAGAAAGUGGACCACCUGGAUUCCCCGGCCUUAAAGGAGAACCCGGAAUUCCAGGAAUCCCUGGAAAGAGAGGAGAGGACGGACCAGCUGGACCUCCUGGACUUCCUGGAAUCCCUGGACUGAAAGGCGAGCAAUGCGAACCCGGACUUCCUGGGUCACCUGGACAACCUGGAUUGCCUGGAAUCCCUGGCGCUAAAGGUAAGACAAAUCGUUACUUUUCUAAUAAAGAUUUGAAGGGGAAAUUGGAUUACCCGGAUUCCCUGGAGCUAAAGGAGAGCCCGGCUUCAAUGGUGCCCCGGGUCAGCCCGGUCUCCCAGGACCAAAAGGAGAUUCUGGUUUGCCUGGACUACCAGGACCUGAAGGUCUUCCUGGUCUUGAAGGUCCUCCUGGCCUCCCUGGACAGCCUGGACCCUCACCACUCACCCAACCGGGUCAGAAGGGCAUGCCUGGUCCUCCUGGACCACCUGGACUUCGUGGAGAAAAAGGAUCGCCCGGAUUGGAUGGCCCUCCCGGACUACAAGGAGUUCCCGGUCUGCCUGGAGCCAAAGGAGAGCCAGGAUACCCAGGCUCGCCCGGUCUCAAAGGAGAAGCUGGACAACCUGGACUUCCUGGAUUCCCUGGUUUAGAAGGACAACCCGGUUUACCCGGACCUCCUGGUGGACUUGGCCCUCCUGGGCCCGCUGGACCAGCCUACCGUGACGGAUUUAUUGUCGUCACUCACUCCCAAACCACCCAGAUUCCCCAAUGUCCGCAAGGAACUCAAAAAAUGUGGGACGGGUACAGUAUGCUCUAUUUGGAAGGAAAUGAGAAAGCCCACAGUCAGGAUCUUGGUCAUGCCGGGUCCUGCUUGCCCCGCUUCAACACCAUGCCAUUCCUCUUCUGCGACUUUAACGAUGUUUGCAACUACGCCUCCAGAAACGACAAAUCAUACUGGUUGUCCACCGGAGCGGCUCUACCAAUGAUGCCCGUUGCCGAGCAAGAGAUCGAACCCUACAUCUCAAGAUGUUCCGUUUGUGAGGCUCCAGCCAACGUAAUCGCCGUCCAUUCUCAGUCGAUCCAAAUCCCCAACUGUCCGGCUGGCUGGAGCUCAUUGUGGAUCGGAUACUCGUUCGCCAUGCACACCGGAGCCGGUGCCGAAGGCGGUGGCCAGUCAUUGAGGUAGUUAAUGACUUUGCUAAAACCUUUAAAUAGCAUAACUUUCAAUAAAAGUAAUAUUAUUUCAGCUCUCCCGGCUCAUGCUUGGAAGACUUCCGCACAACUCCAUUCAUUGAAUGUAAUGGAGGUCGUGGAACUUGCCACUUCUUCGCCAACAAAUUCAGUUUCUGGUUGACUACCAUUGAUGAUAAUGACCAGUUUACGGUAAGGCAGUUUUACACUAGUUUGAAUUUAAAUCGAGAGACCAAGUUUCUACUUUUCUUACACAAAUCCUUUGCAGAUCCCUCAAAGUCAGACUGUGAAGGCCGGUAACUCAAGGUCCAGAGUGUCACGUUGUCAAGUGUGCAUCAAGAACCGUUAA